GACGUGCCGGCCAAUGGGAGGAGGCCACGUAGGACGCAUGACGUGGUUCGCGGCCAACGAAACGGAUCUCGCGGCGGCCCAGGCAAAAGCCGUGCGGAGCGGAUUGAACGUACGGGCCAGGCCGGGCCGUAGCGAAAUCGAGAGCGUUUUCCAUUCGUGUUAUGAGAUUAGUUUUUUUAUUCGUGUCCGAAAAUCACUUCCAACACCCGAUCAAACAUUCGAUGUGACAACCAAAAAUUUUCUUUUCGCAGACUAAACACACCCUAAAAUAGAGUCUAGAGGUAAUAUAAAAUUGCCACUGAGAAAGAGAAAAGAAGGGCAAUUUGCGUGCUGGAUCUCAUCUGUGCGGGUGCGCAGUGUCAGUCUCCUACACUCUACCUGUCUCUCCUACUGUUCAGCCGUAAGCAUCGUGGCCAUUCAUUCGCCAAUUCGUCGCCGCCGCCCAACACGCUACGCCCGCUGCUCGCUCGGCGAAAUGUCGCUAAGGCGCUUCGACCUCGAGAUCGCCUCCCGGGAGCUUGUCCGGGCGUCGCGCCCGCCGCCAGGCUUCCCGCCCGUCCUCGCCGUCUCCAACCUUGACCUCAUCCUCGGCCCCUUCCCCAUCUACCUCGUCUCCGUCUACGCUCCCCCGCCGGGCGGCGUCGCCGCCGUGGUGUCCGCCGUCCGCGCCGCGCUCCCGGCGUACCUCUCCCACUUCUUCCCCUUCGCCGGCCGCGUCGUGCGGGACCCGGCGACGAACAUCCCCGAGGUCGCCUGCAACAACGCCGGUGCCGAGCUCGUCGUGGCCGACGCCGCCGUGCCCCUCGCGGCCGUUGACUUCGCGCAGGUCGACCGCUCGAUCGGGCUGAUGCGCGUGGCGUUCGACGCGAGCCUCCCGCUGUCGCUGCAGCUGGUCAGGUUCGCGUGCGGCGGGUUCUCGCUGACGGUGGCGACGAAUCACCUCCUCGCCGACGGGAGGGCGUUCAUCGUGUUGCUCAACGCCUUGGGGGAGAUGGUCAGAGAGGGGAGGCUCACCAGCGAGCCGCUGCUCGAUCGAUCCCUGCUCAUGCCGCGGUCGCCGCCGCGGUUCAGCCCGUCGCUGGACGAGGAGUUCUCGAGGUUCACGCCGGCCACCAUGAUCAAUCCCCUCAUGGCGGCGGCCAUCCAGCGGCGCCUGUACCGCAUCGAGGCCGCCGACCUCGAGCGUCUCCGGGAGGAGGCGUCGGCCGGCGGCGGCGGCGGCCGGCGCGCCACCCGCUUCGUGGCGCUCUGCGCGCACGUGUGGAAGCUCCUCGCCCGUGCCGUCGGCGACUCCGACACCCACUGCCGGAUGGCGUGGAUCAUCGACGGCCGGAAGCGGCUCGAGCCGCCGUCGGUGGGCGGCGGCGAGGGCGGCGCGCUGGACCGGUACAUGGGGAACGUGGUGACCUACACCUCCCGCGAGGCGAGCGUGGAGGAGGUGCUCGGCGCGCCGCUGCACGCCGUGGCGGGCAUGGUGCGCGCGGCGAUCACGGCGGCGAUGACCAGGGACAGGUUCCAGCAGCUGGUGGACUGGAUGGAGACGAAGAAGGCGGCGGCGUUCAAGGACGGCGGGAAGUGGACGGAGGCGGUGAACCUCGGCCUCGGGAGCCCGGCGAUGGUGAUCUCCGGCCUGCUCCCGUUCGCCAUCGACGGCGACAUGGGGUUCGGCAAGCCGAGGCUGGUCAUGCCGUGGCUGCAGCACGGCAGGCUGGGGUCGGCAUCGGCGACGGUGGUGCCCAGCCCGGCCGGCGACGGGUCGUGGUUCUUCGCCGGCACGAGGUUGUGGCCGCGGCUGCUGGAGGUGGUGGAGGCCGCCGGCCCGGAUUGCUUGCUGAAGCCGGCGACGGCGGCGAGCCUGGGGCUCGCUUACCCCGCCGGCGCCCAUGGUUCCAGAUUGUGAUGAGCUCGCAGUUUAGCAGUUUUUUGCUUGUAAUUUAGGUGAAUCUUGGAAAAUAAUUCGGAAAUUUUGAACCAUUUGUAUAUG